AUGGUGAAUAUUAAUGAGACCGCUGUCAAAAAUAUUGGAAAGGUUUUAAACGACCCUUCAAGACCUAUGAAAGAAAGAUUUAGGGCUUUAUUUACACUUCGAAACUUAGGAGGUAAUACCGCAAUAAAUUGUAUCAACGACUGCUUUAGCGACGAUUCAGUGCUUUUGAAACAUGAAUUAGCCUACUGCCUUGGUCAGAUGCAAGACAAAACAGCUAUACCUCUUCUAAGAAAUGUCUUGGAGGAUAAAACUCAAGAUCCAAUUGUUCGGCAUGAAGCAGGUGAAGCAUUGGGUGCUAUUGGUGAUCCACAUCUACAGGAAUUAUUAGAAAAAUAUCAAUAUGAUUCUGUGAUUGAAGUGGCUGAGACAUGUCAGAUAGCAUUAGAAAGACUAAAUUGGAUUGGUAAACAGAAUAGUGAGAAAUUAAGUAGUAGUAAAUUUCUCUCUAUUGAUCCAGCACCACCAAGCACUGAAGAAGAUGUUGAAGUCUUAAAGAAUACUAUGAUGGAUGAAAGUAAAACUUUAUUUGAUAGAUACAGGGCUAUGUUCAGUUUAAGGAACUUGGGUACAACUGAGAGUAUCAACGCUUUAGGUGAAGGAUUCAAAGCAAGUAGUGCUCUGUUCCGUCAUGAAGUUGCUUUUAUCUUUGGACAAAUGCAAGAUGAGCGUAGCAUUCCAUUUUUGAAACAAACACUUGAAGACACAUCUGAACAUGAAAUGGUGCGACAUGAGGCAGCUGAGGCACUUGGUUCCAUUGCUACUGAUGAAUGUACAGAGGUUCUUAAAAAGUACUUAAAUGACCCUCGCCCAGUGGUGCGUGAGAGUUGCGAAGUUGCUCUCGAUAUGUCUGAGUAUGAGAACAGUACGGAAUUGCAAUACGCAAAUACAUUGCUUACUGUCGAGAGUUAG